CAAAUUGCAAAAAAUUUCAACCACUCUCCAAAUUCCUUUUCAAAGUGUAAUUUUGAUGAUUGUAACAAAAACACUAAUUAAUUAAAAGUACUAUAACUUGAAUUGCUAUAUUCGUUUCCCAUCAUAAGUUAAAAAACAAUUUAUCUCUCACCAUAAGUUGCAAUUGCUAUAUUCGUUUCCCAUCAUAAGUUCAAAAACAAUUUAUCUCUUACCAUAAGUUGCAAUUCCGUCUUUUACUCUUUUUUCUUGUUUCCGUCAAAAAAGUAACGGCGCGUGACUUACACGUGCCUUUUGCCAAGGGAUACUGACGGUCAUUCUAUAAUUGUAGUGACACGUCCAUCGCACAUGACACGUAAAAAAUUGACCGGCUCAAAACCCGACUUGGUUGGUUUAUUUUCUCUUACCAAACCUCAAUCCCCCCCUCCGAACCACAACGCGCUGCUUCUUUUCACAUAUGCUCUUCCGAUUCUUCAUCCCUAAUGGCCCAGGUUUCCACAAUCAAAUUAUUUUUAACAAUUAUAAUUUAGGCGUUUGUUAUAUCAUUAGGAAACGGAUUUGGAAUCCUUCUGGAUUGAAUUCGAAUACUCCCAGAUUCAUGAAUCUGAUAACUCUGUUUGGUUCAAAAUAUAGAAUUGUUGGAUAUGAUUUUUAGAAAAAAAUAAUUUUUUCCCAUAAUAACCAUUUCUCCAUCUUCCUUCUAACACCACCACCGACUGCUACCUUUUUCACCCCCACCUGCCACUUCCCCGUCAAAAUCACAAUCCAAAUCUCCAUAUCCACCUCCCUCAUUUUUCUCUGUAUUAACAAUUAAUUAUGUAAACAGCCAACCAUCCCUCAUUUUUCAUAAUUUUAAUGAGUUAAAAGAGUUCAAAUAGUAAACAAUCAAUUUGAUUUCAAAAUUGAACAACACACAACAGCAACAAUUUGCCACAAGUUCUAGUCUUUUAAGUGACAAUUUGCUAUCAUGGUGAAGAUGAAUGAGAAGGAAGCCCUCGGAAGAUGAUGGUGAUGAUUUGAUGUAAGGGAUGAGAAAUAGAUUUCAGAUCUCAUGUCUACGGCUACCGGUACCGCAGCUCUAGAUGAAAAUCUUUGAUUGUUCAUAUCAUUCCAUCUAUCAAAGUAGGAAGAAAAAUGAUGGAGCAAAAAAAUAAUCUGAAAUUCAAAAAUGAGAAAGCAAGAACCAAUUUUCAUUAUUUUAACGGGGAAAGCAAAUGAGGAUGAAUAGAAAAUGGAUGCCGAGGAGUAAAGACGAGGAAGAUAAGAAUUAAGAAGAAAGAAGAAAAAGAAAAUAGAGGACAUAAGAGAUGAAGAUGGAAUGGUUAGACAAAAGAGGUGGUGACCGGGGAAUUUUGACGAGAAAAAAAAAAAAAACAAAUAGAAGGGAUGAAGAAGGUGGCAGGCAGCGGUAAUGGCUACUGGUAUGGUGAUAGAGGUAGGUGGCUGCUCGGGUGGGAGCGAUUGGUGACAGGUGGACAAAUUUGUUGAGUAAAUUUUCUUCAUUUUAUUUACGAAUUUACUAUUUGUUGCACUACUAAAUAGUAAUUAGUAAAUAAAAAUUAAAUCCACGUAAAUAAUAAAUGGGAAUUAAACCCACGGGUCAAUGAGUGUGGAGUCAACGGGUCAUGUGACUUGCACGUGCACAGAAGAAAGGGCAAAAAUGUCCCUCGCAAAAAAACCAUGUUUCGUUAGUUUUUUGACAGAAAAAAAAAGACUAAAAAGUGAAAAAGGAUGGAAUUGUAACUUAUGGUUGGUAAUAUAUUAUUUUUGAACUCAAGGUGGUGAACGUAUAUAGCAUGCCAAGUUAUAGUAAUUUUAUGGUUAAUUAGUGUAAAACAAAAUGACCCUCUCACAAAAAGCACAAAAUAAAGGGGGAAAAACCCCGAAAAAAGAAAAGGAAAAAGAAAUAUACCACGCACAAUGAGCCGGAAAAGAGACAGGUCUUACUCUUCUUCCUCCCGCCAUGUUCCUUAUUCCUUCAGUAAACGGCGUCGUCCUCUUCCUCUGCAACCGGACGGAUUGGACCCCGUCGACGACAUUGACAAGCCUCCAGCCACCGUAAAGAAGCCCACAACGGUAGUGAUACUUGGGCUCCCCUCCGACUGCUCUGUGCUGGACUUGAAAUCCCGGUUCGAGAUCUAUGGCUCCAUCUCUCGCAUCCGCAUGGACCCCACUGGACUCGGUUACAUCACUUUCAGAUCCCACGACUCCGCCCAGUCAGCCGUUAACGCCGCCGUCGAUCCUUCCUUCGCCGUCACCAUACUCUCGAAACCAGUGCAAGUGAUGUGGGCUACUGAUUCAGUGCCACAAUGGAGGGAAGGGGUGACAAAGAAGGACGGAGCAUCAUCAUCAUCAUCAUCAUCCCCAUUGUCGUCGAAGCUAGUGAGGCCUGAAUUACCUCUUAGUAGACGUGGGAGAGGAAAUAAGCUUGGUUCUGCCAUUGUGAUUCCAAGAGAUGGCCACAAAACUAGAUACGGUGAUGUCAAAGAUAUAGUUGAAGUUGGAGAUCGAGUUGGUUCAGGCUUAAUUCAGCCUUUGGUGGCUAGAGAAAUCGUUGCCUAUGAUGACAUUCUGUAAUUUAGUUAGUUAUAGAUCCUUUGGAUUCCUCCAAAGAUGUUGUAACAUUAGCCUUAUUUGUUUUGAAGAUAGCAAGCUUGUUAGAGUUGGAAGAGGCAGGGGAGAUGGGUGCUGCUUGUGAUGUGAUUGUUGGUUUGGGUCAAAUUUGGUUGAUGAUGACCCUCCUUUGUUGUAGUUUCACCUUUGCAUCUAUAACAUUGCAGACUAGAGAUUUACCUGAAUAGUUCUACUUCUGUAAUGUCUUCUCUAAUCUAGUUAAGCUAUUCAUUUUUUUUUUUUAAUCUACUCUUGAUUGUGAAAACGUAUGAACCCAUUGUUGGCUUUGUGUUCUGCAAAAUGCCUAUUAUGAUAAUA